UUCUCUUCUGUCAGUGAAACCACCCGUGAACACUCUUUCUUAACUCUUUCAUUCUCAUUUCAUUACCUUUCUCAUUUCCACCUAAUCCCAUUCCUUUUCUUUUCUCUCUUUAUAAAAACCCAAACCCCCAUUUUUUAAUAUCAUUUCCAUUCCCAAUUCCUCCCUUCAAAAUCAUGUCAAAACUUCACCCUCAUCCUUCUCUUCUCCUUCUUCUUCUUCUUCUUCUUUUUCUUCUUCUUAGCUUGAGUUUCACUCAAACACACUGCCAUACUAAAGGCCUAAAACCCAAGAAAUCAUCCAAAAACUUCCUUCCCAACAAUUCAACCAAAACCCAAUUCUCAGAACAACAAUUCCUGAAAUGGGUGAAAUUCGUCGGUAGUCUCAGACACUCUGUUUUCAAAACAGCCAAGAACAAGCUUUUUCCUUCUUUCACACUCCAUGUAGCUAAAAAUCCCGCCUCCGGCGACUUCACGUCCAUCCAAGACGCUAUUGAUUCCUUACCUUUCAUUAAUUUAGUCAGAGUCGUCAUCAAAGUUCAUGCAGGUGUAUAUACAGAAAAAGUAAACAUACCACCAUUAAAAUCCUUCAUAACGAUCGAAGGAGCAGGAGCAGAGAAAACAAUAAUUCAAUGGGGAGACACAGCUCAAACACCAGGCUCAAAUGGCCAACCAAUGGGCACAUACAACUCCGCCACAUUCGCCGUAAAUUCCCCAUAUUUCAUAGCCAAAAACAUCACAUUCAAGAACACAACCCCCGUUCCAGCACCAGGAGCAAUCGGAAAACAAGCAGUAGCAUUCAGAAUAUCAGCAGACACAGCAGCAUUCUUCGGAUGCAGAUUCUUAGGAGCACAAGACACACUAUACGAUCAUUUAGGACGACAUUAUUACAAAGAUUGUUACAUAGAAGGAUCAGUAGACUUCAUAUUCGGAAACGGGUUAUCUCUGUUCGAGGGAUGUCAUGUUCAUGCAAUAGCACAAUAUACGGGAGCUUUGACAGCACAAGGAAGGAGUAGCUUGUUGGAAGAUACAGGAUUUUCGUUUGUGAAAUGUAAAGUCACGGGUUCAGGAGCUUUGUAUUUGGGAAGAGCAUGGGGGCCAUUCUCAAGAGUGGUGUUUGCUUAUACAUAUAUGGACAAUAUUAUUAUUCCUAAAGGAUGGUAUAAUUGGGGCGAUCCUAACCGUGAAAUGUAUCUCAUCUUUUCUCUCUUAAUUCCCCUUUCUUUCUUUCUUUCUUUCGUUCUUUCUUUGCUUACCCUUUCAUUUUUUGGUUAUAAAUUUCAAAUUUCAAAACAGAGUGAGGAAACGCUGUCGUUUUGCUCAUCCUACGUGGAAUGCACCAAAACUAAAAAAGCAAACUUUUUUCUUUAAAAAAAUAAGUAGCUAAGUAGCUGAUAGACCACCGCCCCACCACCACUGUCUCCGCCGCCAGCGCCGCCACCUAACCUCUCAGAAUGGUGGUUUAGGGCGGUGGCAUUUUCCAUUUGGCUCUCUAUCAUUUGUCACCAACCAUACGCAUGCAAGGACAUUUUUGUCGUUUUA